AUGGAAGUUUUCCCCUUGCUCUUGGUUUUGUCCAUCUGGUGGUCUCGAACCUGGGACUCGGCGAAUGCGGAUUCAAUUAUUCACAUCGGAGCAAUUUUUGAUGAAUCUGCCAAAAAGGAUGAUGAGGUGUUUCGCACAGCAGUUGGUGACCUCAACCAGAAUGAGGAGAUUUUACAAACUGAAAAAAUCACAUUUUCGGUGACAUUUGUUGAUGGAAGCAACCCUUUCCAAGCAGUUCAAGAAGCCUGUGAACUUAUGAAUCAAGGCAUCUUGGCCCUGGUCAGCUCCAUUGGCUGCACGUCAGCAGGGUCCCUCCAGUCUCUGGCAGAUGCCAUGCAUAUCCCCCACCUCUUCAUACAGCGCUCAACAGCUGGGACACCAAGGAGUGGCUGUGGACUCACCCGGAGCAACAGGAAUGAUGACUACACGCUCUCUGUUCGCCCACCUGUCUACUUGAAUGAUGUUAUUCUGAGAGUAGUCACAGAAUAUGCCUGGCAGAAAUUCAUUAUAUUCUAUGAUAGUGAAUACGAUAUCCGUGGAAUUCAGGAGUUUUUGGACAAGGUGUCUCAGCAGGGAAUGGAUGUUGCGUUGCAGAAGGUAGAAAACAACAUCAAUAAAAUGAUCACCACUCUCUUUGACACCUUGAGAAUAGAGGAAUUGAAUCGCUAUCGAGACACUCUUAGGCGAGCCAUCCUUGUUAUGAAUCCUGCGACAGCCAAAUCUUUCAUUACUGAGGUUGUGGAGACGAAUUUGGUUGCUUUUGACUGUCACUGGAUCAUUAUAAAUGAGGAAAUAAAUGAUGUGGAUGUUCAGGAACUUGUACGAAGGUCAAUUGGAAGGUUAACAAUCAUCCGGCAGACAUUUCCAGUCCCCCAGAAUAUAAGUCAGCGAUGUUUCCGUGGCAACCAUCGAAUAUCUUCAACAUUGUGUGAUCCAAAGGAUCCAUUUGCUCAGAAUAUGGAGAUUUCAAACCUUUACAUAUAUGACACGGUGCUUUUGCUUGCUAAUGCUUUUCAUAAGAAACUGGAGGACCGAAAAUGGCACAGCAUGGCAAGUCUGUCGUGUAUCAGAAAGAACUCCAAGCCCUGGCAGGGAGGGCGCUCCAUGCUUGAGACCAUCAAGAAGGGUGGAGUCAGUGGAUUGACUGGAGAAUUAGAAUUUGGAGAGAAUGGAGGAAAUCCCAAUGUCCAUUUUGAAAUUCUUGGAACCAACUAUGGAGAAGAGCUUGGCCGAGGUGUUCGCAAACUUGGGUGCUGGAAUCCUGUCACAGGGCUGAAUGGGUCACUAACUGACAAGAAACUAGAGAAUAACAUGCGAGGAGUGGUCCUACGUGUGGUGACCGUUCUGGAAGAACCUUUUGUAAUGGUCUCUGAAAAUGUCUUGGGUAAGCCGAAGAAAUACCAGGGCUUCUCCAUUGAUGUUUUGGAUGCCUUAUCUAACUACCUGGGUUUUAACUAUGAAAUUUAUGUUGCACCGGAUCACAAGUAUGGAAGCCCACAAGAAGAUGGAACAUGGAAUGGCUUGGUAGGAGAACUAGUCUUUAAGAGAGCCGACAUAGGGAUUUCUGCUUUAACUAUCACUCCAGAUCGUGAGAAUGUUGUGGACUUUACAACACGCUAUAUGGACUACUCAGUGGGAGUACUACUUCGAAGGGCUGAAAAGACAGUGGAUAUGUUUGCCUGUCUUGCACCAUUUGAUCUCUCUCUAUGGGCUUGCAUAGCUGGCACUGUUCUUCUGGUGGGUCUUCUGGUCUACCUCCUGAAUUGGCUUAAUCCCCCACGAUUACAAAUGGGAUCAAUGACUUCUACUACUCUCUACAACUCCAUGUGGUUUGUGUAUGGAUCCUUUGUACAGCAAGGAGGAGAGGUCCCAUACACAACUCUGGCUACUCGAAUGAUGAUGGGGGCUUGGUGGCUAUUUGCAUUGAUUGUCAUCUCCUCUUACACAGCAAAUCUUGCGGCUUUCCUCACUAUUACCCGCAUCGAAAGCUCCAUCCAAUCUCUCCAGGACCUUUCCAAGCAAACAGACAUCCCUUACGGCACAGUACUGGAUUCUGCAGUAUAUGAACAUGUUCGCAUGAAGGGAAUGAAUCCUUUUGAAAGGGACAGCAUGUAUUCCCAAAUGUGGCGGAUGAUCAACAGAAGCAAUGGAUCAGAGAAUAACGUUCUGGAAUCCCAAGCAGGCAUUCAAAAGGUAAAAUAUGGAAAUUAUGCCUUUGUAUGGGAUGCAGCUGUAUUGGAAUAUGUGGCUAUCAAUGAUCCAGAUUGUUCAUUUUACACCAUCGGGAAUACUGUUGCUGAUCGGGGAUAUGGAAUUGCACUACAACAUGGCAGUCCUUACAGGGAUGUUUUUUCACAGAGGAUCCUGGAGCUUCAGCAGAAUGGAGACAUGGACAUCCUAAAGCACAAAUGGUGGCCAAAGAAUGGCCAGUGUGCCCUGUACUCCUCAGUGGAUACGAAGCAGAAAGGAGGUGCCCUGGACAUAAAAAGCUUUGCAGGGGUGUUUUGUAUCCUGGCCGCUGGAAUUGUCCUGUCCUGCUUUAUAGCCAUGCUGGAGACGUGGUGGAACAAGAGGAAAGGCUCCCGGGUCCCAUCGAAAGAGGAUGACAAGGAAAUUGACCUGGAGCACCUCCAUAGACGUGUAAAUAGCUUGUGCACAGAUGACGACAGCCCCCAUAAACAGUUUUCCACCUCGUCAAUUGACUUGACCCCUCUGGACAUUGACACUUUGCCAACACGACAAGCACUGGAGCAAAUCAGUGAUUUCAGGAACACUCAUAUUACCACAACAACCUUUAUCCCAGAGCAGAUCCAGACUCUUAGCCGCACACUAUCCGCUAAAGCUGCCUCUGGCUUCGCUUUUGGCAACGUGCCUGAGCACCGAACUGGCCCUUUUAGGCACAGGGCACCUAAUGGGGGCUUUUUCAGGAGUCCUAUAAAAACAAUGUCAUCUAUUCCUUAUCAACCAACUCCUACCCUGGGGCUCAAUCUGGGUAAUGAUCCAGACCGAGGCACCUCCAUAUGAGCAUCAAACAAAAUUUCUUCACUGUUUCUUUUGUAGGACUCCCUUUGCAAGGAGCAACUGUAAUAUUGUGGGACUAACAUGGAUGUAACAUUUAAAAAAAAAUCAGGAUUAUUAGUAACAACUAUAGUUCUUUCUCUCCACUUUCUCCCUCUUCUC